AUGUCGAUGACCAGUGAACAACCCUCGGACGUGCAGCAGACCAAACAGGCCUUACGCACCGAAGCCCACGCCCGCCGCAAAGCUCAAGAAAACAAGGACGAACUGAGCAAGUCGAUCUGCGAAAAGUUCGUCGCCCUCCCGGCGUACGAGCAGGCCUCCACAGUGAUGUUCUACGUCGAUGUCCGCAGCGAAGUCCGCACCCGCCACUACCUUCCUACGGCGCUCGAGCACAGUAAGAAGAUUGUGGUGCCCUGGUGCAACGACGAAGGCGAACUUGAACUGUUCCACCUCGAGUCGAUGGACGAGCUGGAGAUCGGCAUGUACAAAAUUCUCGAGCCCCGCACCGACUUGCGGAAUGUACCCGAGAAACAAGUGAAGGCCGAAGAACUCGACCUGAUCAUGGUCCCCGGCGUCGGGUUCGAUCGCCAGGGCGGACGCAUGGGCCACGGCAAGGGCUACUAUGACAAGCUUCUGCAACACGCCCGCAGCGACGCCCCGCUGGUGGCGCCAGCGUUCGAGUGCCAGCUCUUCCCCGAGAUCCCCAUGGACGAGGCAGGGCUUAACGUGGCAGCAGAGCAUCGCGCGAUUGUCGAAGAUACCUAUGCCGAGGCAUUUCGCAGCAUCUACGCCGAGGUGCUCAUCACCGCACGCGAUCGCCGCUGGCUCGAUCAUGCCAUCAACGCGGCGACCGGCAACGCCUCGAGCACGAUUCUCUGCGACUGCGAGGCGGGUCUCGAUCGCUACGUCGGCCCCGGCGGAGACGAAAGCUUCGCCACGCCCGACGGUCGACCCGGUGCCGUGGUGCAAUUCCACGUGCCCCGCUUCCGCAAAGACCGUCGCGAAGCCCUCGAGCGCACGCUGCUGGUGCGGCUAAGCCAGAACGUGCUCACCUGCCCAACGACGAGCUGCUUCAACCUGCUCGACACCGAAGACUACUUCAAGCUAGGCCGUAAGAUCUCCUUCUUUGGCGACGGUUACCAGUUCCGCGAUACCCGUCACGGUCGCCCCAUGUGGGUCAUUCCAAUUCUCGGCGGCGAGUUCGCCCUCGAUCGUCGCUUCGGCUACCGCGACGGUUUGAUGGGCGGCAACCUGUGGUUCAUGGGCGAAGAUUUGGAUUCGGCCCUGGCCGCAACCGAACGAGCCCAUGAAGCCGUGAUGGCAUCGCCCGGGGUAAUUACGCCCUUCCCAGGUGGUAUUGCCGCCAGUGGGUCGAAAGCAGGCAGCCGGUACUCGUUCUCCAUCGCCAGCACAUACGAAGACUUCUGCCCCACGCUACGUGAAACCCUGGGCGAAAAGUCACGCGUGCCCGAGGGAGUCGGCUCUAUCAUGGAGAUCAUUAUCAACGGCCGCGACCUGGAGUCGAUCGUCGCAGCCUCGCAAGCCGCCAUCCGCGCCUCGGUCGAUUCCCCCGGCCUGCUCCGCAUCUCCGCCGGCAACUACAACGGCCGCCUCGGCAAAAGCUUCAUCUACCUCCACCCCGAUAAGCAGCCCAAAGAAUAG